AUUUCAAACUUGGCUACUGAUCUUUUCAUUUUUGUUGAAGCUGUAUAUAAGAAGAAAAAGAAUGGAGAAAAGGGUUAUUGAUUACAUGUUAGUGCCAUUAGGACUGUUGGCCAUGGUGGUUUAUCAUUGCUGGCUGCUGUACCGGGUUACGUACCACCCCACCACCACUGUCAUCGGCGUCAAUGCCAUGUACCGCCGUUUUUGGAUCCGUGCUAUGAUGGAGGAUGUGAAGAAAAAUGGAAUGGUUUCUGUUGAGACAUUGAGAAACAACAUGAUGGCAUCGACCCUUUUGGCCUCGAUGGCCAUUAUGCUCAGUUCUCUAAUCUCUGUGCUGAUGGCCAACGGUGUCAGAAACAAAACUGAGUUGUUCAUUUUUGGAGACAAAAGUGAGGCCAGCUUAUCUAUCAAGUACUUUUGCAUAUUGGCUUGCUUCUUGGCUGCCUUCUUAUUCAAUGUGCAAUCUAUUAGGUACUUUAACCAAGCAAGCAUUCUAAUCAACGUGCCAUACAAAAAGAAAUCACAAGAUGAUCAACACCAGCAGUUGACAGUUGAUUUUGUAGAGAGGAAUGUGCAUAGAGGAAGCUUUUUUUGGUCUCUAGGGUUAAGAACUUUCUACUUCUCUUUCACUCUAUUCUUGUGGAUAUUUGGUCCUCUUCCCAUGUUUGUUUCGAGCUUAGUUUUGGUUUUCAUGCUCUAUUUCUUGGAUAUUACUUUUAAAUGUGCCCGGGUUGUUGAUGUUUCUGAUGAUAGCAUUAGUUACUCGAAAGAUGAGGAAAUUGGGAUUGGGAGACCAAUUUAA